AUGCCCAAAGCGACAUCCGAUGGCGUCGAUUUCCCCACCCUUCCUACUAUAAUCCAAGGUUAUAUUCCGGAGGAACACCAUGCAGACUUGCCCAGCGGCUUCAUGCAAACCUGGUGGGACCCUUACUACAAAAAGUAUGCGGCAUACUGGCUCUACCGUGCGGAUGUAGUUGGAGCACGAACCGUGGCACUAAAGACGAACACUGGAAGGGACUCACAGAGGUCACAUCCUUUCCAAUCUCCUCGUCAUGUAGAUAUCAGGGCCAUAGAGAAAUUCCUUACGAAGAUAGCAGACAUCGCCGAGAAGUACAUCCUCGAUAUCCAGCGCGGUGACAAGCGCGCCGCCCAAUCUCGGGCUGAAACGAUUGGGACUGAAGUCAGGCAGUUAGAAGUUUUUGAGCGACAGAGCAACCGGCGCUCACGGGCGCGAGCAAUAGAGUUAUCGUUCGUCACGAACGACGAGACGUACCAAUCUAUUGUCAAAAGGAGAAGAGUAGAGGCCAGUCUUGUCCACGCUGUCACAACUAUCCACGACUGGAACAUUGGCUUUCGACAGCGAAUCAUUCUCGACUUUGCGCGGUGGCUCGAAGAAGACGGCCAAAAACGCAUCCUUUGGGUAUACGGAGAGCCUGGCUGUGGGAAGUCUGUCAUCACAUAUUGGUUUGCCGACCAUUGUUCCCAGCUGAAGUCGUUGGCAGCCAGCUACAAGUUCACUGCUUCCUGCACCCAGCGCAUCGUUCAAGACACAUUCCUAGCCAACCUGGUAACGGACUUCGAGACAUAUAUUGGAAGUUCGUUCACAAAUGCAUUGGCCGACGUCGUGGGCGACUUCCGACCACAGGACCGAGAGGACUUCUUCCAGAGGCCCCCCAAAACACAGCUUCUUGACCUAAUCGUUCCAACCUUCAACAAGCUUCCAGAACGAGAUAAAAAGCCCCUGCUCGUAGUGCUGGAUGGAAUCGACAAAUGCGAUGAAUGGGCCGCCAAGGACGUCUUCCAUCUCAUCAAAGUCGCGAUCGAGCAUCUCCCCAUCUGCUUUUUCAUCUCCUGUCAUCAAAAUGACACGAUCGACUACUUUCUUCGAAGGAUACUCGCAGACCACGUCGAGAGGUGCGAUGUCCCAUUCAAGCCCAACCCUGACUCGAAGAAAAAUAAAACUCCCACUGCCGCCAAUUUUACGAUCCCGGAGCACUUCGACGCGGAGGACAUGAGCCCACCGAUGACUCCCCUACCAGACCUUUAUCCCGCUAGCGACGAUGAGGGCACCGUGGCACGGCUUGAGCCUUUCGGUACCAAUGGUGGACCGUGA